GGCAACCCCUGCAGAUGCCGAGAUGUUUGGUUUCCGUCGUCUGAGUGACACGACAAAGCCUUCCGAAGGCAACGAUCAGCAGAGGGUGAUCGUCAAAGACGACAGCAGCGACUCGGUGGUCAGCGACUCUCACGAUGGUCACCCGGCCAGGACGGAACCGCUCUCGCUGCGAGAGAAGCUCCACGAGAUCAUGGAGACGCAGAAAUUCCACAUCGCAAUCUUGGUCCUGGUCGUCAUCGAUUGCAUUCUGGUCAUCGUCGAGCUUGUCAUUGACUUUGAAGUGUUGAGCGCAAACAAUCAUGUGCCUGAAGCAGGCUGUGCUCAUCCUCAGGAGGAAGGGCAGUGCAAUGCAACAGAGACGGACAAAGAAGAAAAGGAGGUCACUGCAGCUAACGUCCUUCACUAUAUCAGUAUUGGUAUCCUCUCUAUCUUCAUGAUAGAGCUUCUCAUCAAGAUACCGGUCUUCCGGAUGGAGUUCUUCAGGAGCAAGCUAGAGGUAUUUGAUGGAAUCAUCAUUGUGAUAUCGUUUGUACUGGACGUUGUAUCUCUCAUCUAUGAGGAGCAGUUUGCAGUGUUACAGCUUCUAGUCCUGCUUCGACUGUGGAGGAUAGUCAGGGUAGUCAAUGGAGUAAUCCUAUCGGUAGAGACGCAAGCUAAGAAGAAGAUAGAGCAACAGAAACAUUUAAGGGCGGAGGUGGAGCAUGAGAUGGAAAAGUUCAGAAGAUAUUGUGCAGCACAAGAGAAAGAGAUAGAAGUCUUGAGAAAUACACUCAAUCAGCAUGGCAUUCAAAUAGAUGAUGACUACGUUGCAAAGAAACCCCAAUUUAGCCUGAAUCAGCUCAAUGUGGUGGUUGAGAUGAACUCGGCUGACAAACACGACACAGGAGAAGAUGAAGGAGAAGGAGAAGAAGGAGGAGGGGAUGGAAACACCAGACGCCAUGAAAAAGAGCGAGAGGCACUAGGAGAACACACCAUCACCCUGACAACGGAUGACAACGUGAAUACGAUUCAGGCGGAUUACCAUCCUCAGGAUACCACGUUCACCUAACAACACCUUGAUAGAUGGAUACUUCCUUUUUAAAUGCAAACAAAUUUCUUAGCCUC